ACCGCCCAGCGCCACCGAUGAACCCUCCAAGCGCCCCCACAAGUCUUCGGGGACUGAGGGUACCGAGCCGGCAUCCAAGUCUAAGAAGAGACCGGAGGGCUCGCACGCGAGGAAGGGAACCGAGGCGGAGGUCCAACUUGCCUCGCCUUCAUCAUCCAGGGCAUCCAAGGCAUCUCGCCACGCCCCCAAGCCGAGAGAACCGGCUGUGCUUUCGGGAGCAACCCACGUCCCGCCCUCUGACAGGGCAAGGUCCCCAAGACCCUCCUCAUCUGCAGCGGCGGCUGUAUUCCUGGAUCUUCCGGACAAUCCUUUCUUUCCAUCGGAGGAGACCCCGAGGCUGGGAAAGAAGAGGCACCACGACAAGACGGGUCGUGACCCUGCCCCUAAAAAGUCCAAGCCGUCAAAGGAUCAGACCGGUACACCCGCCUAAGGCGAAGGACAAGAGGCGUUCCCCUUCCAAGAAGGCCCGCGCUUCCACUCCGGCAGCUCCCCUUGAUCCAGAGCCUGCGCCCGAGGUUCAGCUGACUCCGGUACCGGACACGCCACCGCCUCAGCCCACUAUGGACUUUGUCCACGGGACAGAGGACACCGCUCCUCUUUCUCCUGAAGAACGGUCGCCUCCCCACUCCGGGAACGACGACUACGAGGACCCGCCCCGUAGACAGGAGAUACCGGACCUAUUCCUCGACACCCAAUCGGGCCAGUACUACAUGUCGGUUACAGAGGACAGGGCAAUUAGGGAGUUCACCAGACUGAACCCCUGUCCAACGGACCCUCAGCAGGGUACCUCGACCAGAUCGGUCCCGACUGUCUCCGUCUACGAGAGGCCUCCAUCCCCGCCUCACCGGCGCUCACGCUCCUCGACUGAUCUCAUCCCGGCCCGACCGAGACCCCAAGUCAGAGUGGCAGAUGUCCUCUCCUCUGACUUGGACUCCGAUGAGGAGCCCUUGCCUCCGUCCGAGGCACCAUCUGAUGAAGAUGUCCUCUCGGUGUCUGUUUCACCUCAGAGGAUGCACAAUCCUGAGCCGUCUUCCCCAUCGGACGACGUCCGUUCCUUCAGUGAGCACGUCGUGAAGAUGGCCAGGGCUCUCGACAUCGAGCUCGCUUUCCCGGACGACGACACUCAGGAUCCGGUGGAACGUCGGGUGCACGGACGAGUGCCUACUCCACCCUGCCUCCCUUUGCUUCCGUCACUGCAGACCAUCGUCAAGAGGUCUUGGGACUCCCCGGCCACUCUGUCUGCUUCGUCUCGCAAGGUGGAGUCUCUCUACAGCGUUGCUCUGGCGAGCUGUCCCUGGUUGGCCGACCACCCCAGGCCGAAUUCGGCGAUUGUGGAGGGAGCCCAACACAGCUUCGUUCCGAAGCAAGCAACCUCCCCUGUCGACCGGGAGGUGAAGAAGGUGGAUGGCCUGGCCAAGAAGGCCUACUCGGCAGUGGCCCUUGUG